GUUUUACUUGAAUUAUGAAAAAAAAAUAUAUAUAUUUAUUGUCGAUUCGCGAUUUCAAAAAACAAGGUACUCUAUUUGAACAGCUGAACUAACGGAAUUAAUAUGCAGAGAACGAUCUCGGGUGUCUUCGACCGUGAUGUUCCCCACUCAAAUCUCAGGAGCGGACUUUCAUUUAUCGACAUCGAAUGAAUUUAUUCAUUCUUUCUAUUUUAUCAAAUCAUCUUUCGUUAAGAAACAUUAUUUCAAAAUUAACUCUGUUAUUAAAAAGACAUCCGAUGGUUUGAAGACACUCUGUAAACGAUAUUUUAUUACUGUGAUAAUACAUCAGCGAUCAACUCGGGGCCCGGUGAUACUUUAGAUCCCUCGCCAUCACAAUUGGUGAACACGAAACCGGUCAGUCUAUCGGUGCGUUGGCAGAAGAUGCAGAGAAUGUGCCUUGUAAACUUUAGAGAGAAUCCUAUCGUUCUACAGUUAUAAGUGACAGAUACGCGAAGUGAUUAUAUUUAUGAAUCAGGAAUAAAUUCAAACCGCGUCUCGAUUAUGUCGAGGCAACAGAGACGUGUGUUUUUCCGGUUACUUCAAAUCGCCGUUUGUCUUGGCGUUAUCUUGUCUACGUUAAAGUUAUCUAUUAUUAUUAUUGGAGAUGAGGAUAAACCUCUUCCCGUUGCCGAUGAAUUGAGAAAGCUGUUGAUCGAAGCUGAAAUGGACAACACACGACGAUUGUUGAAUGUCGAAAGAGUAUGUAAAAAGUAUAAUUUAGGCUCCUAUCGGAAGCUCGCAGAAGAUUCGUUGUUCAAACAUCCGCCCGCGCCGCAGUACAGCGUCUUCUACAUGGACAGAUUACACAAUAUAUCAUAUUGCCCGGUGUACAAAGCCGGUACUACGACCUGGCUCUACAAUCUCUGCCUAUUGAUGAAUGUGUCCGUGGAGACGCUGAAUAACGGCAGGGAACAAUUGUCAACUAUCGCCAGGAGGGAGAUACCGGAACUCGAGUACCCCGAGGCGAAACGAGUUCUAAACGCGAGUAGAAGGCUUUUGAUCGUUCGACAUCCGUUCGAGAGGCUGUUGAGCGCCUAUCGCGACAAACUCGAGAACUCUGUUGCCGGCCGGGAACAUGGGACAUUGCACUUUUAUCGCAAGUACGGAGCCAAGAUCGUGAAGAAAUAUCGCAGGAAUAAUUUUACGAAACCACGACCGGAUCAAGUGAUUCAGCGCGAUGAUAUACCGUCACCAGCCGGUGUGGAGCCGACUUUUCGAGAGUUUGUCGAUUACGUGAUCGACACUGAUCUCGGAAGUUACGGCGACGAUCACUGGAUGCCGUAUUAUCUUUAUUGCACGCCGUGCCUUGUCAAGUACAACAUUAUUGCGAAUGUGGAAUCGUUAUGGCGAGAUCAAGUAUAUGCGAUCAAUAAGUUAGGAUUACGGGACAAGAUCAAGCCCAGAUGGAGACAUAGUAACGGUCACGUCAACGCUUCCAGGAUAUACUUCCGUCAAUUAAACAGAGCAACGGUGCGAAAGCUGUAUGAAAAGCUGAGGCUGGACUUUGAGCUUUUCGAUUACUCACCCGAUAUUUAUUACGAGUACGCCACGUCCGCGGAUUAAUUGUACGUCAAUCAUAUGUAAUUGAAAUGACAUUCCUACGUCUAGCAAUUAUUUGUAAGACGUAAUUUUAUAAAAAUGACCCAGUGCGCCGCGAUGAUAUUCGGUAGAAAAUAUCGAUGCAAGAAAUAAGUACUUCGUGUACAUGAGAUUAAAGAAAAAAAAGAGCAAAAAAGAUAUGUUAAGGGCCUGUGUACGCGCGCACAUGUAACCCCGAUAAUUGAUGGAGCUUAAAUCACGUUACGUCACGCGACGAACUUUUGUCGACGAGAAUCGAUCGACCUACUUCUCACCGUCUACUAAUGUAUCGGACCGGCGACCUGUCCUAAAGUCAAGGGUCCUCGAAUGAGCAUGUUAAUCUCCGCCGCGAGUCGAAGCGGAGCGUUACCCUGCCUCGGCGAAAAUGUUAAUAAAUUAUCGUAUAAAGAAGAUCUCAAUGUUUGACAAGAUUUGACAAGAUAUAAAUACUUGUAUUCGCGUAUCUUAUUUUUCGACUCUUUAUGAUAUAUUAAAUUAUAUCAUAAAGUACUUUAAAUUAGUGCGAUCAACUUAUAACUCGAAAAAUUAAUUUGCACGAAAAAAAUCAAUAUAAAAUAUUUCGUGUUCUCGCUUUAUGUCAAAUUAAUUCGAUGUAUUAUUUAGGACAUUUUAUAGAGAUUGAAAAAUAUACAAUAGUUUUGGCAAUUAUAAUUUAAAAAGAUCUCAAGAAUUAUGAAAAACUCAUCUCGAUAUGAAAUCGCAAGAGAUUUA